UUAAGGCUGCGCUUGCGCAUGCAGACCACAACUUAAACCUUAAAAUUACCUUAUUGCUUAUCUAUUUCAACGAAUUUUACACUUUAAUCUUAUGAAAUAUGUUUAAUAGUGUUAUUAAUAAGUGAAUAUAAGUGAUUUAUUUGCGAUAAUCCGUUAAAAUACAUAAUUAUUCGUACAUCUAGUGUCUAUAUAAUGCGGUAACGAAAGAUAUUUUUUGUUUGUACGUCGGAGUGUAAUAAGCGUGUUCGAAACCAAGAAAUGGGUUUAUAAUUGGCCUAAAUCAAAGGCCGUGAUGGUACGGUUUAAAGAUGUCGCAGCGAGACUUUUCUGAGGUUGAGCCAACCGGCUCUGCGUCCCUAGGGGCAGCGUCAAGAGCUCUCUUUGUUGAGAAAGUACGCGCCUCCAACGCAGCGUGCCAAGCCGGCGACUUCUCGACAGCUGUUGCGCUAUACACUGACGCGUUGACACUAGACCCCGCCAACCACAUCUUAUAUAGUAACAGGUCUGCAGCUCGUUUGAAGCAGGGCCAGUUCGCGGCGGCUUUACAAGAUGCGACCAGGGCACGUGAACUCUGUCCUAACUGGCCGAAGGCUUACUACAGACAAGGUGUAGCUUUACAAUGCCUGGGUCGUCAUGGAGAAGCACUGGCCGCGUUCAGUUCGGGGCUGGGAGUGGAGCCGACGUCGCGGCAGCUGCUCGCGGCGUUGGUGGAAGCGUCCCUUAAGUCUCCCUUGCGCGUCACAUUGGAACCAACCUUUAGGCAGCUGGAGGCUAUGAAGCUAGAUCAAUCACCGUUCGUAUUGAUAUCGGUGGUCGGUCAAGAACUGCUGGCUGCUGGGCAGUACCAGGCCGCGGUAACGGUGCUGGAAGCUGCCCUGAGGAUAGGAUCAUGUUCCCUAAAACUAAGGGGUUCAGUGUUCAGUGCGCUAUCCUCAGCUCAUUGGGCGCUCAGUCAGCUGGACGCUGCAAUUAACUACAUGCAGCAGGACCUGGCCGUUGCCAAAUCUCUAGGAGAUACAGCUGGCGAGUGCCGCGCGCACGGUAACCUCGGCGCCGCCUACUUCAGUCAAGGAUCAUACAAGGACGCGUUGACCGCGCAUAGAUACCAACUGGUCCUAGCUAUGAAAUGCAAGGAUACACAAGCCGCAGCAGCAGCUCUAACCUCCUUAGGGCACGUGUACACUGCGAUAGGAGACUAUCCGAACGCGCUCGCCAGUCACAAGCAAUGUGUACAGCUGGUGAAGCAAAUGGGCGACAGGCUGCAGGAAGCAAGAGAGAUUGGCAACGUGGGCGCGGUGUACCUAGCCAUGGGGGAGUUCGAUUCAGCUGUUGAUUGUCAUACACAGCACUUGAGAUUGGCCAGGCGACUUGGCGAUCAGGUGGAAGAAGCACGUGCAUAUUCAAAUCUUGGAUCAUCGUAUCACUAUAGACGUAAUUUUUCCCAAGCGAUCGCUUAUCAUGAAAAUGUAUUAAGAAUAGCUCAGAAUCUCGGCGAUCGAGCCAUUGAGGCUAGAGCAUACGCUGGAUUAGGACAUGCAGCAAGAUGUGCCGGUGAUUAUGCACAAGCUAAGAAAUGGCAUGAGAGACAACUGGACGUUGCAUUAGCUGCCAGAGACAAGGUUGGCGAAGGUCGCGCUUGUUCUAAUUUAGGCAUUGUUUAUCAACUACUGGGGGAACAUGACGCAGCUCUCAAACUGCACCAAGCCCAUCUGUCUAUUGCAAGGCAAUUGCAGGAUAAAGCAGGAAUGGGUCGUGCGUACGGAAACAUCGGCAAUGCGUAUUCCGCAGCGGGUUUCUACGAGCAGGCCAUCAAAUACCAUAAGCAGGAGCUGACGAUAUCCAAGGAGGUUCAUGACCGUAGCUCCGAGGCGUCUACGCACGGCAACCUCGCAGUAGCCUAUCAGGCACUUGGCGCACACGAUAUGGCGCUGUUCCAUUAUCGAGCACAUUUAGGCAUAGCUCGCGAGUUAAAAGACGCGGCGGGCGAGGCGUGCGCCCUCCUCAAUCUGGGCAACUGCCUUUCCUCGCGCGGAGAGUUCGCGCAGGCCGUGCCAUACUACGAGCAGCACCUCAUGCUAUCACAGGAGCUCGGUGACGUCACCGCAGAGGCCAAGGCCUGCCACUUUCUGGGAUACGCUCAUUACUGCUUGGGCAAUUAUAGAGAGGCGGUCAGGUACUACGAUCAAGAUCUGUCAUUAGCUAAAGAUUUACAAGACAAAAUGAACAUGGGCAGAGCGUACUGCAACCUUGGUCUGGCACAUUUGGCUCUGGGCAACUUGGAGACAGCAUUAGAGUGCCAGAAAUAUUUCUUGGCGAUAGCGCACAUGACGCAGCAUCUGCAAGGCAAGUUCAGAGCGUUGGGCAAUAUUGGCGAUGUACUGAUAAAGAUGGGGGAUGUCGAAGAAGCGGUGAAGAUGUAUCAACGGCAGUUAAGGUUCGCUAGGGAGGCUCGGGACCGAUCAUUGGAGGCAGCGGCGUGUGGUGCUUUGGGUCUCGCGCGACGACUGCAGAGAAGACUGGAUGCAGCCUUAGGUCACCAUACUCAGGAGCUGACACUGCGGCAGGAGGCGGGCGACGCGGCGGGCGAGGCGCGGGCACACUCGCACCUCGGCGCUGUACACAUGGCGCUAGGACACUACUCACACGCCGCCAGGUGCUAUAGGGAACAAUUGGAGCGAGCCCAAGAGCUACAAGACUGUGCUCUGGAAGCGCAGGCGUACGGCAACCUCGGUAUCGCUAAACUAAACAUGGGACAUUACGAAGAUGCUAUCGGAUAUUUAGAACAGCAACUAGCAAUCCUGGAGCGCGUGAACAGUCCAACGUGCCAGGUGGACAAGGCGCGGGCGCUGGGCUCACUGGGUGACUGUUACGACGCGCUGGCAGACCCCGACGAAGCCCUCAAGUACCACGAGCAGCACCUCGCCGCCGCCCUUAAGCUGGACAACGCCAGAGAACAGGAGCGCGCCUACCGCGGACUGGGCCUCAGUCAUAAAUCAGUGGGAAACCUGCAGCAGGCACUAGUGUGUCUCGAGAAGCGGUUGGUAGUGGCGCACGAACUAGGCGCGCCCGACGCCAAGGCGCAGGCGUACGGCGAGCUGGGUGCGCUCCACAUCGCGCUCGGCAACCUCGACCAGGCCCUCUCCUGCCUCGAGCACCAGAAGAACAUCGCUAAGGAGCUGAACAACCAGAUAAUGGAGGCGGAGGCGUGGCACGCGCUGGGCGUGGCGCAGCAGGCGCGCGGCGAGCACGCGGCCGCAGUGCGCCACCACCGCGCAGAGCUCGAGCUCGCACACCGCCUCGGACUCACACAUCUACAGGCCCGGGCUUGCGGCGGCCUAGGUACUGCACACGCAUCUUUGGGCGCGCACGCAGAAGCCGCGAGAUGGCACGAAUCUCGCCUGCGUCACGCCACAGCUGCUGGAGACACAAGGGGACGUGCGAACGCGUUAGCCGAUUUAGGGAGAUCUCAUUUGGCGAUGGGCGCGUGUGGCAGUGCCGUGUCAUACUUGAGACAAGCAUUAGCAGCUACGGAAGGAUUGUCUGAUGCUGAUGAAGAGGCAAAAGUCCGUCACCGCCUGGGAUUCGCUCUGUGGGCGUCAGGCGAGCUGGAGGAGGCGCGCGAGCAGCUGGCAGCCGCGCUGGCAGGCCUAGAGGCCGGCUCUCGCCACCGCGACAGGACGACCGCGCCGCUAUACACCUCCACGCACCAUGCGCUGCAGCGAGUACUUGUCGAGCUCGGCCGUCACCCCGAGGCGCUGGUGGUGGCGGAGCGUGGGCGUUGCCGCUCGCUGGACGUGCUAGCCGACAAGCAACCCGGCACGCUCAACCAGGCCAACCUCGAACUGCACACUGCGCAAAGAAAUAUGCCAGAAGAGGCCAACAAGGAGAGACCAGAGCUGUGGAGUCCGAGCAACGUGGAGCAGAUUCUGGAGGUGGUGAACAAGCAGAAGGCGCCCGUGCUGUACUACAGCCUGGCUGCCGGGAAACUGUAUGCGUGGCUGCUGCAGCCGCAUAAGGGUAUUCUGCGAUUCCAUCAAGUGUCACUUUUAGACCAGAACGAGGACAGCGAUAACAGCCUGCCUGAUAUAAGUCCUGAUGACCUGCAACCAAGCGCAGGUUCAUUGGGCAAACUGGAACGAUACAUCAGCGAGUGGUCUGCCUGGCUGAAGACUGCUGAGCGCAGGAAUGAAGAGGAUCAGUGGGAGCCUGACGAGAGACCUAACGCGGGACUUGCUAGAAUGGUGUCACGCAAUCACUUACUGAACUCUUCCAACUACUCUCUGAGUUCUCUGUUCAGUGUGGGCUCAGUCGGGGGCUCAGUGGCCGGCUCCGUCGCCAGUUUACAGGGAUCUACGAGAUCGAGCGCACACGGUCCUCGUAAGAAACAAGCGGCGUGGCAAGGCCCGCCCUGCCUCAACAUGCUCUACCAGAUGUUGAUCGCGCCCUUCGAGGAUCUCCUGCCGGCAUCCUGCAAUAACAAUCAUGCUAUGCACGGUCGGCGCGGCUGCGGCGGUCGGCGCGAGCUGGUGGUGGGUGUGGAGGGCGUGCUGUACGCGUGUCCGUGGGGUGCGCUGCGUCCCGCCGGCGACGCGGAGCCGCUGUGCGAGCGCUACGCCCUGCUCGCCGCGCCCGCACUGCGCCCGCUGCGCCCGCUCCGCCAGCCCAGGAACGCACGCGCCAGGCUAGACCGGGAACAAGGUGCAUCAACAGGCAACAGUGCGGAGGCGGGCAUGCGCUGCCUGGUGGUGGGCGGGGCGCGCGUGUGUGGCUCGCGCUGGCCGGCAGCGCACGCGCAGCUCAAGGAGGCCGAGCUGGUCGCCGACAUGCUGCGCGUCACACCGCUCACUGACUAUCAGGCUUCUAAAGAGGCAGUAUUAGCGCAGUUGUCACAGGCGGAGUGCGUACACUUCGCUACACACGUCUGCUGGAAAACGCCCGCCAUCAUACUCAGUCCUGGCGAAGUUGUUGAUUCUCAAGCGAAACGUCUUUUGAAUACAAGCGUGGGCAGUGGUGCAGCAGAUACAUCGAUAGAAAAUGAAGAAGAAAAUGCUGAGUUGCCACCCAGCAAUGAAGAACUGCCACCAGCUUCAGAGUUUAUGCUGACCGCCUCGGAGAUCAUGAACAUGAAAAUAACAGCACGAUUGGUGGUGAUAUCAUGCGCGCCGUCCAGUGCAGCGCUAUCAGAAGGCGAGGAGAGCACAGACGCAGUGGCAGCAGUGUCGGGUCUGGGCGCGGGAGUGUCGCGGCUUUGUCGCGCGCUGCUGGCGGCGGGCGCGCACGCAGUGCUACUAGCGCUGUGGCCCGCGCCGCAAGACACUGCCACUAAGAUUUUGUACCGAGCACUGUAUUCUGCACUGCUGCAGGGCAGUCGCGUCGCCAAGGCGUUAGGCGACGCGAUGCAGACAGUGCGUCACACGAAGCACUUUGCGCACCCGGCGCACUGGGCGGGGCUAGCGCUGCUUGGCGCCAACGUGCGCCUCAGCAACAAGGUUGCGCUGAUGGGACAGGCGCUCUGCGAGCUGCUCGCCGCGCCAGACAAAUGCAGGGACGCACUCCGCGUGUGCCUGCAUUUGGUAGAGAAGUCUCUGCAGCGGAUAGUGCGGGGGCAGAAGAAUGCGAUGUAUACGACACAGAAGAGCAUCGAGAACAAGGCGGGCUCCACCGCCGGCUGGCGGGAGCUGCUCAUGAGCGUUGGCUUCAGGUUUGAACCAGCGGCGAACGGCAUACCGUCAAGCGUAUUCUUCCCUCAAAGUGAUCCCGAAGAAAGACUAACUCAAUGUUCAGCCAGCUUACAAGCUUUACUUGGUUUAACACCCACCACACUGCAGGCACUUUCGAAAUUGAUUUCAAAUGGAGAUGUGGCAGAUGACAUUAUUGGUGUCAUCCGCUCUGUCAUAUCUCAAUUUUCCGUCAAGAACUCCGACAGUGACACCAUUGAAGUCGCCGUCAAUGUUAGGCUUUGGCGAGUAAACGGCUGCCACGAGUUAUUAGCAUCGUUAGGCUUCGAUCUUGCAGAAGUAGGACAAGACGAAGUGACUCUCCGCACAGGCAAAACGGCCAAUAGAAGGCACAUACAAUUCGUGCUGCAAGCUUUAUUGGCUCUCUUUGAUACUCAAGAAGCUCCACGGAGUCUCAGCUUGGAGUCCAGCUCAAGCGUGGAAUCUUUAGCUUCUAUCGACGACGGCGACCUGGAGCCCCACUCCGACGGCGAACCACCGCCCCGACAACAUCGACAAGAAAGCGUAUCUUCAGUUCCACCACCUCCUCUGCCAUUGGGAUCAUGCGGUGGUGCUUUCACUAUGUACGUACGCGGGUCCACGUCCAAUACUGAAGUAGGUCGAGGGGAACCUGACGGCAGAACUGCCCCUCCCCCUGCGCCGCCCCCGCCCAGGUACCGCGGUGAGAGCGAUGCCGCAUUUACACCGUCACCACCCGCCGCUCCUCCCUCCACAUCAACAGCGCCACAACGAGACGUAUCUCUUGCCCUGGCGCACCAGACUAAGAUCAGAACUCUCUACACUAGAAGACCUCCAUCAACCGAUGACUCGGACUGGGAAAGUUCCGGCCACGAUACUGUGUUACGCAGACGACCCGAACAUUCCCACACAAGAUAUUUGGAUGCAUUUUACGAUCUAGCGUCUGCUCAACCUCGCAGAACUGAGGAAGAAAAGCCCGAUCAAGCAUUGAACCAGCCCUCGACUUCCAAGAGAGUCACACGAAGUAAAAUGAGUUCAAGCAGCAGAGAUUCAAUGGCCCAAGUUCGUCAUAUGAGUGGAGAACUUACGCCGACUAUUUCCGAAGUAUAUCAUGAGCGAAAUAUUGGAUUGGGUCUCGCGCCGCCUUUAGCCGAGUUGCUUCUAGCAGAGGAAUCAAAAACAGAAAUGCGAGCUGCAAGUUCCAGCGAAAACCUACUAUUGCAAAAUUUAGAAAAGCUCGGACUUCUAGGUGACACUAGCGAAAAUGAAGAAAGGUGGUGCAGUAGUAAUGCUUCAAGACCUUGGCUAUCAGCACCACCACUAGAAACAGACGUGCAAGGUUCGGACCUUACUACUGCUGAAAUAAUCGAGCGCCAAGCGAAGUUCAAGAAAGAUGAACCUAAAAGAAAUGAAGAAAACGCUUACGAAUUAAAACCUAAAGAAGAAACCCCUGGACCGAGCGGGAUAGAGAAAAGAUCGGUAUCCCCAUUUUCUGAACUAUCCCGUAGAGACGAAGGGGAUGGAAGGAGUAUCGCAGAUUCACAUUCAUCGUAUAAAGCGUUAGUUUUGAACCCGAGAACGCCGUAUUUGCCUGAAGAAGGGGAGGCGGUAGCAUUAAAACCGGUCACUGAAGGUGGAAAGACUCACCCGAGACCUCGCAGACCGCCGGUGCCUCGAACCAGACCGGCCUAUACCACGCUAGACUUUCCACCUAAUAAAUGAAGAUGAAUCUUAAAGUCAAGUGAAGCUCUGCGGCCACUCUCUCUGGCAUAAAGCCCUGGCAUAUAGAUGUUAAAUCGUGCUACAUGAUGCGCUUGAAGAGCACGAUGAAUUGAAAGCGCUUGUACUUCUAAGUUGCACUAGUUGAAACCGCUGGAGUAAACCUUGCCAGCAAAAAGCCGAAAGAUUUCCCGGGACUGGAAUCAGACUCCGUAGAAACCUUUUGAUAUUCCUAUUUUUAUACUUUAUCAUUGAUAUAUGGCUAUGACUAAUAAGUUGUAAAAUGAUAUGCGUACUUUUGGUUUUUUAUAUGAUUUCGGUGAUACGGCUUUAUUUAUAU